UUGGGCUUGCCAUUUUGUUGACGGCACAACCAUGCGCUACAUUACCAGCGAUGAAGUAGGUCUUAUUAAAAUCACCUCCAUACCCCGAUCCACACCCACCCCUAAAAAACCACGGACAAACGCAUCCACACCAUCCAUCCCUCCACCCCGCACCCUAGGGACAAUUGACAGAGAAGCUGAGAUCCAGUUCAUAUGUUUUGCAUCAUCCCAACAAACGGUACUCGUAGCCCGCAAAAAUGGCGUAGCAGAAUACUGGGACAUUGAAGCAGGUUCCAUUGUUAGACAUCACAAGGUGUUUGAACAAGAGGUGGAUGAGCAGGGAAAAGUUGUGUUAAACAAGCAUCGCAAGGGGGAGCAUUUUGUGGGUGUUGCCGAUGUCGAUGGGACAUUGGUUGCCUGCACAGAUCGGGGAAAUCUUCACGUCAUGCCUCCCCCGACGGGCUCACCCGCCUUUCCACCGGGAACCUACAAUCUGAAGCGGACACUACUUUUUCGGGCACAAGUGCAUUCAUCUAACCCUCACCUCCUGGCAACAGGGGGAGACGAACAAGAUUUAACACUGUGGGAUCUCUCAACACUCGCAAACCCCCCAACACCAAAAUGGACGGCCAAAAAUGUUGCAAACGAUUACCUGGACAUGCGUGUACCGAUCUGGAUAACGAAUCUUGCAUUCGUGUCUGCUACGCGCAUUAUAACGAUUUCUGCCCAUUCUCAUUUGAGACUGUACGAUACCACUGUUGCACGUCGGCCCAUUAUCAAUAUCACGGUGGGCGAGUCUCCUCUCAAAAGCCUUGGUUUUUACGAAAACGGAAACAGCAUCCAAACCAUUGUAUCCGAUACAACCGGGCAUCUUCUCGACUACACCCUGGACCCGCACACAAAAACAGCCAAGCUGGUUGGAAAGUUCCCAGUGUCGCCAGGAGCCAUCACAAGCAUCAGCGCAUCAAAAGAUUCGGUAGUAGUGGUAGGAUUGGAUCGGUUCGUCAGGGUGUAUGAUCAAGAACGAAAGUUGGCGCGAAAAGUGUAUUUGAAGCAGCGGUUAACGGGACUGCUGGUGGAUGAGGUGGAGGAGGAGGUGGAAGAGGCCGAAGAGGAGGAGAAGGGGGAGGAGGAUGUGUGGGCAGAAAUGGAUCGUGUUGGGGAAAAAGAGGAAAAAGCACCGACUAAAAAGCUGAAACGAAAGAAAUAAAAGAAAUCUCUAUUUAUUACCUCUUUAUAAAAU